AUGUCCAAAGUCGCGGACACUAAGCUCUACGACAUCCUCGGCGUCUCCCCGUCGGCAUCGGAAAAUGAACUUAAAAAGGCCUACCGAAAAUUGGCUAAGGAGUACCAUCCCGAUAAGAACCCAGAUGCGGGAGACAAGUUCAAAGAGAUCAGUUUUGCAUAUGAAGUACUGACUAAUCCGGAGAAGAAGGAUCUAUACGACCGCUAUGGAGAACAGGGCCUGCGGGAAGGUGGAGGCGGCGGCCCAGGCAUGGACGAUAUCUUCUCUCACAUUUUCGGCGGAGGACUCUUCGGUUUCAUGGGGGGCCAGGGUAGAGGACGCAAUGGCGGACGGAGGCGAGGCGAAGACAUGGUGCACCCUCUCAAAGUUUCUCUUGAAGAUCUCUACAAUGGUAAAACUACUAAACUACAGCUAAGCAAGAAUGUGCUUUGUGCUGCCUGCAACGGUCAGGGGGGCAAGGCGGGCGCCGUGCAAAAGUGUGUGGCAUGCAGAGGACUAGGUAUGCGGGUGGUGAUAAGACAGCUGGCCCCUGGAAUGGUCCAACAGGUGCAGUCGGUCUGCACGGACUGCAAAGGAGACGGCGAGGUGAUCAGCGAGAAGGAUCGUUGUAAAAAGUGUGAAGGUCAUAAGGUCAGUAAGGAAACAAAGCUGCUGGAGGUGCACGUGGACAAAGGCAUGAGACACGGACAGAAGAUCACCUUCACCGGGGAAGCCGACCAAGCGCCGGGUGUGGAACCUGGAGACAUUGUCCUGGUCCUGCAGGAAAAAGAACACGAGGAUUUUCGCCGGGAAGGCAGCAACCUUCACAUGGUGCAGCGCAUUGGCCUGGUUGAGGCUCUUUGUGGCUUCCAGAUAACCGUCACACACCUGGAUGGACGGCAGCUGCUUGUCAAAUACCCACCUGGCAAGGUCAUAGAACCAGGCUGCAUUCGUGUGGUUAAAGGCGAGGGAAUGCCACAGUAUAGAAACCCUUUUGAGAAGGGCGACCUCUAUAUCAAGUUUGACGUGCAGUUCCCUGAGAACAACUGGAUAAGUCCUGAUAAACUAAACGAACUGGAGUGCCUGCUGCCGAGCCGCGCCGAGGACCCUCUAAUUUCCGCCGACGCCGAGGAGGUGGACCUGACGGAUUUCGACAGAAGUCAAGGGUCGGGCGGGGGAGCCAGGAGAGAAGCGUACAACGACAGCUCCGACGAGGAGGGCGGCGGCCAUCACGGUCCGGGGGUGCAGUGCGCACACCAAUAA